CUUGCACCUCAACAGAGUCGUUCUGUCUUUCUCGUGGCUUUCUUAGCUGCUGAAUAUGUGACCGGGGAAAUAAGAAGACUCUCAUAAAGGUCCCAAGCCUACCAUGUCGGUCUUGCAGUGCGCUCCUUGUCGCCGUUUCUCCGGGCAGUUCUUGCGGCGCCGCUUCUCGUCCUCCGCAACGCGUCUGGAGAUUCGCGAUGUCGGCGCUUUGUCGCAACGUUUGAUUCCAAGGUAUCAAGAAAACCGAGGCGAGCUUCUUUCUCUACAAUGGCCGGCACCACCGCGGAAUGUACUUCUGGUGCGGAAGAACUGUGCACCAGCAGUAACAGACUCCCUCGUUGAAUUUGCCAAUCACAUCACCUCCACAUAUCCCUCCAUCGCCGUCAUCCUCGAAUCCAAAACUGCCGCCGAAAUUCACGAAUCACUCUCCUACCCAGUAUACACAGCAUGCUUGGAAGACAAACCGACAGCCUUUCAUGAUAAGGUAGAUCUUACGGUGACAUUGGGAGGAGAUGGCACGAUAUUACAUGCCGCCUCUCUGUUCGCUACAUGUCCCAAUGUUCCCCCAGUCUUGUCAUUCAGCAUGGGCACCCUCGGUUUCCUGAGUGAGUGGAAGUUUUCCGAGUUCAAACGAGCCUUUCGAGAAGUCUACAUGUCUGGUGCUGGCGCUGGAGAUCGCACACCUGUCCUCGAGACUCAUCCGCUGGCGUCGGAAAAAACACCAGGUCUGGAGACUGGUGAGUCAUCGUUGGGCCCGACGGGAUGGUCAUCUGUGCGAGGACAGUCCAUGGGUGCUACUCGAGGGGCCCCGAUACUCAUGCGCAAUCGUUUGAAAGUCGGACUCUUCACAGCAGACGGUAAAGAAACUACUGCGGUCCGUGGCAAGACCGAUCAUGGCCAAGGUGUAUACGUGAUGAACGAGCUGCUCAUCCAUCGAGGCAAAGAGCCUCAUCUGGCCGUGGUGGAUAUCUUCGUGGGCGGUCGGUUCUUGACUGAGGCCGUGGUUGAUGGAAUUAUCAUCUCGACCCCGACUGGAAGUACAGCAUACAGCCUCAGCAGCGGCGGGAGUAUCGUGCAUCCACUAGUCCCCUCCGUCCUCCUCACCCCCAUCUGUGCGAGAAGUCUUAGCUUCCGGCCUCUCGUUCUUCCCUUCAGCACACCGAUCACGAUGCGACUUAGUGAGAAGAAUCGUGGCCGAGAACUAGAAGUCAGUUUGGACGGUGUUAAUCUGGGCCAAGGUAUGGCCGUUGGCAUGGAGGCACGAGUAUGGAAUGAGGAGAUGAGGCAUGGCGAGAAUGAAUGGCAAGGUGGUGUACCAAGUGUCAUGCGCAGGAGCAUGGGUGGUGAAGCUCACGAGGGAUGGGUUGGCGGUUUGAAUGGACUGCUCAAAUUUAACCACCCCUUUGGUGAGUGAAUUUGUAGAUCUGUUUGUGUAU